AUGCCGCUCCUGGAGCUUCGGGUGCAGAAAGCUCCGCCUCUCGUCGAGGUCUACAAGAUUUUGGAGCACGGUCGUCACUACUACAGAUCGCUGACAUUCACCUCGGACACUGGAUGGUCCUUCCAUGUGCCGGGGUCAGGGCAACUGUUGCUUCAGAAUGGUCAUGGCGAUGGACCCAGACAAAGCCAGUACCAGAUCUUUUUGCUGGCCUUUGCCAUCGGUGCACUGGUGGAGGCCCCGCCGAGCGACUGUGCCGAGCCAGACGUCGACUCUGUGUCAGAGGAGAUAGAAGAUUCUCGUGUGAUCCUGCUCCAGCAGAACCUGCAAUUGACGCGGCGGCCGCAGCAUCCGCGAAAUGCGUCGUCGGAUCGCAGGCCCAAUCUGCUGCUGAUCCUUCUGGACCAGUGGCGUGCCGACUGGGCAGGGUUCGAUGAUGCGUUAGUUUCGAUGCCUACGGUGAAGUCUCUGGCUUCGGUGGGCACUCGCUUCACGCGGGCAUACACGACCUCACCUUUGUGUGUUCCCGCUCGGAGCUCCCUCACCGCAGUCAGGGAAUACAAGGACAUGUGGGUGCAGAAGAACCAGGACAUCUAUGCCUCGCCGCAGAUGUCUCCUACCUUUAUGUCUAGACUGCGGGACGCGGGCUACACGACCAUCUUUGCUGGCAAGGACCAUCUGUCCGGGGACAGUGGCAACUUGAUCAAUGCUACGGAGAUGGAGGUCUUGGGUGUGGACCUCUUCGCGCGAUCAUCUGACAAGUAUGGAAUCUGCAAGAAUGCCUCCAAAGGUGGAGUCAUGGAUCACUUCGGCCUUCACCUGAAAGAGAAUGCUCUCUUCCAUGCCUACUGCGACGCCGUGGGGACCAUGGGUAAGGGUGGCUGCUGCAACUCGACCCCAGUGUGCGAGACCAUCUUCUUCGACGAGUGUGGCUUCAGGUGCAAGCCGGAAGGCUGCAUAGAGCCGGAUGUGGGCGUUGAUCAUUGGAGCCGUUUACAGGCGGAGGUGCUUUUGCAACGGCACUGGAAGCGACAUGGAGACAAGCCGUGGUUCCUGCAGCUGGGGUUUCCCAGUCCUCACCCGCCAUUUGCGACCAGCCUCCACGACGAGGUGGGGCCGCUGCCAGAUGCUGUAGACGCACAGUUCGAUUACAUCUGGGCGCAGAGCACAGAAGGACGGAUGAUACAGUUCCCAAACCCUUACCGAAGCUCGGUGGACGUUCGCCAGAGCCGGGAGAGCUACGCGAGACUCCUGGGGAUGCUUGACCGAGAGAUCCACCAGCUGCUGCACUUUUUGGAGAAACAUCACGCCCGAGAGAAUACAGUGAUCGCCGUGACCAGCGACCACGGCGAACACCUUGGAGACCACGGUGAGUGGGCCAAGUCCAGUCCCUGGGAGCCCUCUGUGAAGAUCCCUUUGAUCCUGGCCGGGCCUUCUAUCCGGAAAGAUGCCAUCGAGGAGACCCCUGUUUCCCUGAUCGAUGUGCCACGUACGCUGCUGGAUAUUGCCGGCGCAACGCCAGCACAGGCCAUGGGCGGCUACUCCCUGCUCCCGGCCCUGCGUGGAUCCGGGCCGGUCGAGCGACCUGCGGUGCUGAGCGGCCUGUACAUGCCGACAUGGGAGGAUUCCGGCUGGCGUAAUCUCGCUGAGUACUUUGAAUCUGUCGCGGCGCUGUUCAACGGUGGGCAGUUUCUUAAGCUGGUUUGCUGUCCUCGCGGCUGCUCCAAACAGGGCACGCUGCUACCUUUCUCCAGCUUGCCCCAACUGGCGCUGAUGAACGUCACUAGCGGUGCCGGCUCGACCAAGUUUGAACACGACGUUCUGAACAAGCCUUCUGGGAAUGGCGUGGCCGAAGCCAAGUACUUGGCCGAGUAUUUGAGCUCGGGCUCGAAUUGA